GAUGCCGCAUUGAUCAAAAACUAAAUUGUACAUUCCCAAGUGCAAGGAAACCGUGCUUUUGCCCUCAUCCGCGCGUGAAAAUAUCUGAAGAAACACGCUCCCACGCGCCCAACUCAAACGCUAAUUGUUGGCAUUGAUCCUCCUUCUCAUUCUGUAACAACGAACCAACGCACGCACUCUACCCAUUCCUCAACCUCUUCCGCUCAUUUGCAUGUUAUCGGAGCUCCGGCUCCAUUGACGGAGCCCCGGCUCAGUUCAUAAAACAGACUCCAUUUUCUUCCCCUUUUCAAGAUCUUCAAACCUAACCAGAAUGUCCAAACCCUGGGGUAACAUCGGAGCCUGGGCCGCUGAUUCCGAGCGGGCCGAGGCCGAGGAGCGCGAGGCCCAGGCUGCUGCCGCCGUUAACGAGGCCCAAAACUUUCCCAGCCUCAAGGAAGCCGUCAACGCCAAGCCCAAAAAGAAGAAAAGCACCACCGUGACGCUUUCUGAGUUCAACAGAGGCAGUUAUGCCUCCGGCGAGAACCAGGGCUUAACGCCCGAUGAGCUUCUCCGUCUCCCUACCGGUCCGAAGGACCGUUCCGGCGAGGAAAUGCAGUUCAAUCGCCUCGGCGGUGGCUUUUCCUCUUACGACCGCUCCGGUCCCCGCACGCGAGACCGCGACGGCGGCAACAACGACGGUUCCUGGGGCGGGGGAAGGAGAUCCUACGGUGGAUUUGAUGAAGAACGCAGGGGACCAGUUUCUAGGGUUUCGGAGUUCGAUCAGCCGUCGAGGGCUGAUGAGGUAGACAAUUGGGCGUCGGUGAAGAAACCUCUCCCCUCGUUCGAUUCAGGCCGGCAAAAUCGAUACAGUGGCGGCGGCGGUGGCGGUAGUGGCGGUUUUGGUGGUGCAUCAAGGGCCGAUGGUGUGGAUAAUUGGGCGGUUGGUAAGAAGCCUCUUUCUGUUAGAUCUUCCACGUUUGGUUCUGGCUAUCGUGAUUCCGGCGUGGAGCAUGAUCGAUGGACGAGGGGUGCGCCGCGUGACGUGGAGCCUGAUCGAUGGACGAGGGGCGCUCCCCGUGAAGUGGAGCGGCCGAGGUUGGUGUUGGAUCCCCCUAGAGGCGAUGGUUCGGUGAAUGAAGCCCCAGUGAAGACGAAUAAGCCGAGUCCGUUCGGCGCGGCGAGGCCGAGGGAGGAGGUGUUAGCUGAGAAGGGUUUGGAUUGGAAGAAGAUGGAUUCGGAGAUUGAGGCGAAGAAGACGAGCCAACCCACGAGUGCACAUUCUAGCAGGCCUUCUAGUGCCCAAUCUAGUCGUUCUGAGGGUCCCGGGUUGCAGGGGACUGAUACUGUGCCUAAAUCAAAGCCUAAGGUGAACCCCUUUGGGGACGCCAAGCCUAGGGAGGUUUUGCUGGGCGAGCGAGGCAUGGAUUGGCGGAAGAUUGAUCUUGAUUUGGAGCAUCGUGGUGUUGACAGGCCUGAGACAAUGGAGGAAAAAUUAUUAAAAGAAGAAAUUGAUAAUUUGAAGAAGGAACUUGAAAAAGAAUCUACAAUAAACUCAAAUUAUGAAUCUGUGGAUGAGGCUGGUGGAGACCAAACCAUUGCACUUGCAUUGUUAGCACAGAAAGAAAGGGAGCUGGAGCUUCUUAUCCAUGAUUUGGAUGACAAAGUUCGUUUUGGGCAGAAAGCUGUUGAAAGGCCAGGUUCAUCGGCAGGAAAAGCUACUGCUUCUUCUGAUAGGCCACCUUCUCGUUCCAGCUCAUUUGAGGAUUCUAGAAGUGUGGAUUUUGCAGACAGACCUCAAUCCCGUGGCACAGGAGAUAUGUGGAUGCGUCCUAGUGAUGACAGAAGACAAUUUCAAGGUAGCAGGGAAAGGGGAUGGUUUUCAGGUAGCAGAGAUUUGAAUAGGUCAAGGUCAAGAGAGAGAUGGUGAACUGCAGUUUUGUGGGGAUUACGAGUUAUCUUAAACUUUUGAUGACCAGAACCUAAUACUAUUUUGUUACUUGUCUUUUCUAAUCGUUUUGUUCAUUCUACUCCAGGAAUUGGAGCAACAAUCAUUGAGUACUGGCACUAAAAACUUUUGCCUAAUCUGUUAUUGCAUCUCAAAAACAUUGUAAAUUUGUUUUCUCCCAACUGGUAAUUUUUUGGGUGUCUGGAUGAAGGCAGAAAAGCCUGUAAUUUUAUUAGGACUUAAUUCUUAUUGAGGAUUAUGGAACUUGCUAGUUAAUGUGAUAUUUUUCUGAUAUAAAAUCAUUUUUCCCCCAUUUUUGCAUAUGCAAUAUUGACCAGUUGAUAUUCUAACAUCAGUGGUCUCA